AUGAUGUGGCUGCUGCUCCUGACUCUCCCCUGUCUGGGGAGCUCCGUACCUUUGACCUCAGAUCCCGGCCCAGGGACUGAGCUGGUAGGCAUCAUGGGGGGACACGAUGCUUCAAAGGGGGUGUGGCCGUGGAAUGUGGGCCUGUGGUUCUGGAAUGAAACUGAAUUGGAUUGGGAUCUCAUUUGUGGGGGCUCCCUAAUCGACCCCCAGUGGGUGCUGACUGCUGCCCACUGCAUUCCAGAGACAAACCCCAAACCUCAGCACUUUAUGGUUGAACUAGGAGCAGUGAGACCCUCAUGGCGUGACAUUGUGCUGGUGGCUAGCAUCAUCCUCCACCCGGAGCACAGGGAUGAAAACGGAAUACCUCAGGCAGACGUGGCGCUUCUCAAACUGGUGGCCUCCGUGCGACCAUCUAACCUCAUCAAGUGGAUCAGCCUUCCGCCAGCCUACUCCGCAUUCCCCCCAGGCACCCGGUGCUGGGUGACUGGCUGGGGCAGGAUUGGUCCUGAAGAGCCGCUGCCAGAGCCCUACAAUCUGCAGGAAGUUCUGGUCCCCAUUGUGGCGGAUGAGACCUGUAGACAGCAAUACCUCAGUAUAGGCUUCGUUGUCAAGGAUGAUAUGCUAUGUGUGGGGAGCCCAGGCCAGGGCGCCUGUAAGGGUGACUCUGGGGGUCCCUUGGUCUGUAAAUGGAACCACAUCUGGGUCCAGGUAGGGGUGGUGAGUUGGGGGGAAGGGUGUGGUCUUCCCAACUUUCCUGCAGUCUUUGCCCGAGUGACAUCCUACUUGCCUUGGAUCCGCCAUCAUAUUCACUCCUCUCCUUGA